CAACAGAAACAGCAGUCGUCGUUGAGCGUCACGCGGUACCCGUAGCCCGAGAGUUCGAAACAAGAAAUAUUGAAAUUGUCGUACGCUGCGCGUUGUGUGCGAGGAGAUAUAUCUCUCGAAGGAAAAAUUAAAUUGUAUUACGAGAAAUUGUGUGUGAGUGUGUGGUGCUCGAAAAUGAAUUUUGCGGCAGCAAGGUCCCCAAUUUGUGAGCAAAGUGGCCAAGUGAAAUGGCAAUAAACUAAGCCAAGAGAAACUAAACUUAUUUGGAUUAAAGGCAUUUUUCGGAUACCGGAUACAAUACAAUAAUAUAUCCCAGACGAGCAGAGGAAACAGCUAAGAAUUUCUUCUCGACAGCGCCAAGAAAAGUAGUCAGAAUGGAGAAUCAUCCAACACAGAAUGUAAACGAGACCAAGGUGGAGGUGGAGCUGGAGAAGGAGACAGAGAAGGAGGCGGUGGAGAAGGUAGACACAGACUCAUCCGCGGAGGAGCAUUCCAAGGAGACCAUCAUUGACAUUCCCUGCAACUCCAACUCCAACUCCCACUCGUCGUCCUACGACACAGACUGCAGCACGGCCAGCAGCACGUGCUGCACGCGGCAGGGCGAGCACAUCUACAUGCAGCGGGAUCCCGUGCCGGACACACACCACCUACCGGAGGCGGAGGAUCUGGGUCUCCUCAAGUACGAGCACCGCAAGCACUGGCCCUGGUUUAUCCUGGUGAUCUCCAUCAUUGAGAUUGCCAUCUUCGCCUACGACCGCUACACAAUGCCCGCCCAGAAUUUCGGGCUACCCGUUCCGAUUCCUUCGGACUCGGUGCUGGUCUACCGUCCGGACCGCCGGCUGCAGGUGUGGCGCUUCUUCAGCUACAUGUUCCUGCACGCCAACUGGUUCCAUCUGGGCUUCAACAUCGUCAUCCAGCUGUUCUUUGGCAUUCCCCUGGAGGUGAUGCACGGCACGGCCAGGAUCGGUAUCAUCUACAUGGCCGGCGUCUUUGCCGGUUCCCUGGGCACCAGUGUCGUUGACUCGGAGGUAUUCCUGGUGGGCGCCAGUGGCGGUGUUUAUGCCCUUCUGGCCGCCCAUUUGGCCAACAUUACGCUAAACUAUGCGCACAUGAAGAGUGCCUCCACGCAGCUGGGAUCAGUGGUUAUCUUUGUGUCCUGCGAUCUGGGAUAUGCUCUGUACACCCAAUACUUCGAUGGCGGAGCCUUCGUCAAGGGUCCCCAGGUGUCGUACAUUGCCCAUCUAACCGGAGCUCUGGCCGGGCUCACGAUUGGCUUCCUGGUGCUGAAGAACUUUGGUCACCGGGAGUACGAGCAGCUCAUCUGGUGGCUGGCCCUAGGAGUCUACUGCGCCUUCACCGUCUUCGCCAUUGUGUUCAACCUGAUCAACACGGUGACCGCCCAGCUGAUGGAGGAGCAGGGCGAGGUGAUAACCCAGCAUCUGCUGCACGAUCUGGGCGUGUCCUAAGUAUCUUUGGGAUCCUCGCCGAUCAGCUUCAGGAGAGAUCGAGAGACAUAGAGUUUGUGGAAAAGGAAAGUUCAUUCAACGAUUUAGUUAAAAACUAAAUUCGCGAUUCGUUUGGCUUUUGCUUUUCGGUUAGCAUUACCGUUAUCGUUAUCGCUACCGUUUUUCAGUUCGAAAAAAGCAGCAACACACAGAACAUACUGAAAACACUGAGAAGGACUAAAAAGAAUACAGAAUGAACCGAAGCGUCGAAACGUGUAAACAAAUGUUGUGAUAGAACCAAAGACUGAAUUUAUUUCGCGUGUAAAAACCAAGUAAAACUCAAGAAAAUCAAGAGGGGGAGGUGCAGGAGGAGCAGGAAAAUUCCAAAACAGAUCGCCCCUCGCUAUGAUAUAAAUUAACCGAUUAUCCAUCGCCCGUGUCUGUUUGUUUCUUCUUAAAUUAUGUAUUUAUUUAUUGGCCGCAAUUAACUCUGAAUGAGUCUGCUGAAUCGGAGAGGAAUCAACUGUAUCAGCAUAUUGUUUGUAUAAACUCAGCAUAAUAACGAUAAGCAUAAUAGUAUCUGCCCUCGGACUAUGUACGCGUAGCUCUUAGGUACCACUAACUUAGGCCCCUAACAAAUUGUUUUUAAAUUGUAAAUACUAUUAAGUCGCACACACACACUAGUCAAAAAGCAAAAAAGAAAAAAGAAAACCAAGCAAACCACAGCAAAGAACCAUUCAAUUCACAACAAUUAAGCAAAUCGAAUUAAAUUAAACGAAAGUCACUUAAACCGAGCAAAUAUUUAUGGUAAUCCCCGUAAAAAUACACACUCGAAAGUAUUACUAAUUAUAUUUAUUUAUUGUAGGGCAGCGCGCGAGGGUUUAUUAAUUUUUG